AUGACUUUGCAGUGGACAUUUGUGGCUGGUGUUUUAUAUGUUGAGAUAUUUCUUGUUUCUAUCCUUCUCCUGCCAUUUGUUUCACCAAAAACAUGGCAGAAGCUGUUCAGAUCUCGCAUUGCCUCCUUGUUCUCAAGGUACUCCAAUAUUUACUUCAACAUUUUCAUAGCCAUUCUGGUUCUUCUGUUUUUAGAAUCUAUUCGUGAGACAUGGAAGUAUUCAGAGCCUGUUGAAAGUGAUGAUCUCAGGCGUUACCCUGAGGCAGAGACUGUUUACCAUAUGAAGUUGUUCCGUGCUCAGAGGAAUAUGUACAUAGCUGGAUUUGCUUUGUUUCUUUGGUUCAUUCUUCGGAGGCUUGUCAUCCUGAUUGCCACAGAGGCCACCCUCAUGGCUGAAAGUGAGGCCAGUAUGAAACAAGCCCAGAGUGCAACUGAAGCUGCUCGCCAUUUCAUGGAGGAGAAACAUCUUGUGGAUGAGAAUAAGAAGAAUAAAGCCACUGAGGAGAAAGAUGAUGCUGAGACUAAAAAUCAGACAUUGCUUCUGGAGAAGGAGCUGGCACGGGCACAGACAGAGCUAGAGAAGACCAAAGAAGAGUUGUAUCAUUCUCAAUUGGAGUUUACAAGCAUAAAGAAACAGGCUGAGAGUACAAAUUUGGAGUAUGAUCGGCUGUCAGAAGAGUUUGCCAAACUUCAGCAAAAACUUCAGCAUCUGGAGCAGGGAGACUCUGGCUCUAAGAAAGGGAAUUAA